AUGGACGUGGUUGGGGAAAACGAGGCUCUGCAGCAGUUCUUUGAAGCUCAGGGAGUCAAUGGCGCUCUGGGGACCCCAGCCCUGGACACAAGUCUCCUGGAGGAGUUCCUGGGCAGUGAUUUCGAUUUAGGGGCCCUGCAGGGCCAGUUCCCCGACACCCCGCCCUACUCUGCAUCAGACUCCUGCUCUCCGCCCCAGGACCCAGGCGCAUGCUGCCGGACUCUGAAGCCCGCAGACCCCAGCACGCCCUCUGCUUUCGGCCUGGCGGCGGCUGCACCCACACCGCACCCAUCGCACCACCCCCAGACCUCGGCUCCGACCGGGGACCACCCGCCCCUGCACAGCGGCUUCUCCAACUGCUACGCCAACACCAGCCACCCCGCCGCCGCCUCCAGCCUGGACCUGUCCACCGCUUCCCAUCCGGGGCUACACGGCUCUGGCCACCCGCAGCGUCUCUGCUACAGCUCUGGAAGCUCACUGCAAGCAACCAAGAAGAGAAAGUGCACAGAUGCACUGGAAGACACCAGGGACUGUCAUGGGUGGGCCCUCUGCUCCAGACCAAUGGCAUGCAGGAGUCACCCCUGUGAAGUGCAAGAGCAGCACCCUGAGGCACCCCACACGAGCCCCACGGACGCCUGCUUGCCCUCGCUGAAGUGGCAGCCGUACCAAAGUGUUCCUUGGCACAGCUUAUUAAAUGGUCAUUAUGAAAAACUACCUGAUCUAGGCUACCAAGUUGUCACAGAUAAAGGAUUUAAUUUUUCACCAGCAGAUGAAGCUUUUGUUUGCCAAAAGAAGAACCAUUUUCAGUUAACCAUCCAUAUUCAAGUCUGGGGGAGUCCAAAAUUUGUCAAAACCCAAAUGGGUUUAAAGCCAAUAGAAAUGUUUUACUUGAAAGCUUUUGGGGUUAAGGUAGAAGCCACCAAUCAAAUAAUCACUAUUGAACAAUCCCAAGCAGAUCGAAGCAAAAGAAUUUUCAAUCCUGUUAAAAUCGACCUGCUAACUGACCAGGUCACCAAAGUAACUCUGGGCCGGUUGCACUUCAGCGAAACCACGGCGAAUAAUAUGAGAAAGAAGGGAAAACCAAAUCCUGACCAGAGAUACUUCAUGUUGGUGGUUGGACUGUAUGCUGCUAACCAGGACCAGUUUUACCUGUUAGCGGCCCAUGUCUCUGAAAGGAUCAUUGUGAGGGCCUCUAAUCCUGGGCAAUUUGAAAAUGACAGUGACACAUUAUGGCAGCGAGGACAAGUUCCAGAAUCUGUUGUCUGUCACAGUCGAGUAGGAAUAAACACAGAUGCCCCGGAUGAAGCCCUGGUUGUCUGCGGCAACGCGAAAGUGAUGGGGACGAUCAUGCAUCCCUCUGACAGCCGGGCCAAGCAGAAUAUCCAGGAGGUUGACACAAAUGAACAGCUGAGAAGAAUAGCCCAAAUGAGGAUUGUCGAGUAUGACUACAAACCUGAAUUCGCCUCUGCAAUGGGAAUCAACCCUGCCCAUCAAACAGGAAUGAUUGCCCAGGAAGUGCAAGAGAUCCUGCCCAGAGCUGUGAGAGAGGUUGGUGAUGUCACCUGUGAGAACGGAGAGACAUUGGAGAACUUCCUCAUGGUUGAUAAGGACCAGAUCUUUAUGGAAAAUGUGGGUGCAGUUAAGCAGCUCUGCAAACUGACCAAUAACCUUGAAGAAAGAAUAGAAGAGUUAGAAAUCUGGAACCGGAAGCUGGCCAGGCUAAAACGGCUCAGUAGCUGGAAGUCGUCAGCCAGCGAGGCGAGUUCUAUCAGUAAAUCUAGCAGAACUGUUAGUACAUCUUCUCCAAGAAAGGCCAUUCCCUCCAAAACCAACAAGGCUUAUUUUUCAGGAAAAAAACAGUGGUGUCCUAACUGGGUUUUCCAGACCUUGGUUAUAACUCUAAUUGCUGUGAUGGCAUUUUGUGCCUUGACAAUUGUCUCCCUUUACAUACUUAGUUUAAAAGAUCAAGACCAACAUAUCCCAAAUCUCCCUUCCAGCAAUAUCACAAGCUCUCAGAAACCAACUAUGCUCCCCACAGCCUCCCCCUCAGGACCCCAUACAUCUCUGGCCACCACACCAUCCUUCCAAGUACCAGAAAUCACUUUCUGUGAGAUCCUGCCCUGUCAGGAGACUUACUGCUGUCCGAUUUGGGAAACAAGAAGAAGCCUCUCAAGUUCUGUGCAAAGACAGACCAAGAGGAAGGAAAUCCACCAGAAACCAUGGGCGGAAGAGAGAAAUACAUCAUUCCUGGCAAGAAGUACACUCACCAGCCCUGAUUGGGGGAGUGACUGGAUUGAUACAACCAUCAGUUCUAUUCAGAUUAUGGAAAUCCAGCAGAUAAUAGAUGCCCGGUAUUGCAGUAGAAGUCUCCAGUGUGGGUCUGGACAUUACAAUUAUAACAUUCCUGUUAAUAAGUACACACCCACCAAUGUCAAAUUCUCUCUGGAAAUCAACACAACAGAGCCAUUGAUAGUCUUCCAGUGCAAAUUCACCCGUGGAAAUAUAUGCUUUCAUAGUAAAAGGGAAGCCAAAGGGAUGCAAAGCCACCAAGAAGUCUCCCAAAUGAUGACACAGGGGUAUCAGCACAUAUGGAACCUUGCUGUGGCCCCUUUCUUUGAUAGUGCCUACCACUUCCGUGUUGCUGCCCCGGAUUUAGCGGACUGUUCAACAGAUCCUUAUUUUGCUGGGAUAUUCUUUACAGAUUACUUCUUUUACUUCUAUCGACGCUGUGCCUAAAUUAUUCAAGUUUGGCUAGAGACUUUACCAAAGGAAAUACUAAGAAGUUUCGUUCGUGGUAACAUCUCGCAAGUUCUUUCUUCUUUUAGUGAAACAGU